AUGCGCUGCCCCCCAAAAAUCGCCGGCCUGAGGCUGGGAGCCCACAGGUGCUGCCGGUCCCUGGUGCUGCCGGGAGAGAAGGAGCAAAACCGGCCCAGGGCGCGGGUGGCCGUGACGGGGGCGCUGCGCCGCAGGGAGCCACCCCCGCCCCGUGCCAGCGAGGCCCCUCAGUGUGGGGGUGUCAGGAAGACGGCGGGGCGUGGGGAGACAUGGUCCCUGGGGCUAUCUGCCCCCCAGGGCCACUCAUCACCAGCUCCCCCCAUUACGAGACAGGAGCAGUUCCAGACAGAUCCCGACAGCUACAACGGAGCCGUGCGAGAGAAUUAUGCCUGGUCCCAGGACUACAGCGACCUGGAGAUUAAAGUGCCUGUGCCCAAGCACAUCAUGAAAGGCAAGCAGGUGUCUGUGGAUAUCAGCAGCAGUGCGAUUCGCGUAGCGGUGCUGGAGGGGGGCAGCCAGCGCGUCCUCAUGGAAGGGAAGCUCACCCACAAGAUCAACACGGAGAGUUCCCUCUGGAGCCUGGAGCCCGGGAAGUGUGUUUUGGCUGAGGGUGGGAAUUCUGCCAUCCUGGGGCUGUGCCCACCUCUGGAGCUGCCCGUCAGCCUGGAAUCUCGAGUGUCAAAGUUGCCAAACCCCUUGGGGCUGAACGCCAACACGUUUCCCAGCUCGUCCUUUGGCACCUUCGCCGUUUACGCGACAGCCCGGCCGCAGCGGGAGCCCAGCGGGCGUCAUCGCCAUGCUGCUGCUCUGCCCAUGCCCGUCAUGCGUGGCAGGGGCUCCAUCCACACCUCUUCCCACUCAGGAUGGUGUCCCUGUGGCACCGUGCCGGAACCCCGGCCCCAG